AUGCGGGCGGUUCGCAGAAAAGUUGUUCCGAAGGGUGCCUUCGAGGAGCUCGAGUCGGCGGCGACAGGCGAGCACCACGACUUCGACACCCUUCCGCUGGUGGCGCUUUCAGAUCAGCCGAAGGCCGCCGCUGAACCGGAAGAGCCUGCCGUAGGUGAAGACGUUAUGCCUUUGGACAUGGAGCUUGCCCUUGAAGAUGAGGCUCCUGCUGCUCCUGCUGCUGCGGCCGAAACAUCAACAUCACCAGUGCCGUAUGCACAGGAAGAGGUCAUCGAUAUCGACGACCUCAACCAAGUGGCCGGGCAGGCGGCAGUGCAGCUCGUGCCGUUGUCAAAUCUGGCAGUGGCAAGGCAACUGAUCAUGCUGGGUGAAGAGGAGCAGCAAGCUGUGCUUGGCUUUUUUCAAGCUCAACGGCGGGAAGAAAUUCAAACCUUGCUGGAUCAGGCGCCCGACUCACUGGCAGUGGCUGGGGAUGCCGGGGAUGGCGGAUACGGCGGAUUUGCUGGAGACGCCAUGCCGGUGUCUCAUGCCUACUUCGAAGGGACUCUGGCACCUUUCGAGAGGCCCACGGACGGCGAUGGUUCAGUACGGAAGAAGCGGCGCACGCAGUUCGUUGCAGACGAGCUGCCGGAGAUCCCCAAAGAGACCUACAGAGGGUACAUGAACGAUCGGGACAAAAUCACCCGCAAGGGAGAUCUCGACUACCACCUGAUGCUCCCACACUACUCGCCCCACCUGCCUAACUUUACAACCACCUUCACAGACAUGUGCAAGACAUUGUGUGAAGGUAUUCUGUGGGGCUCGGAGGUUGCAGAAAAGAGACGGCGACUGACUAAAGACGCCGAGCCGGACCGCGUCUUCGAGGCUGCAGGUGUGUUCACAGGCGCAGGCGGCGCAGGUCCAUCACAGCCUGCAGCGAUGCCCGAGGAGGUCAGCAUCCUGACCGAGGAGCAGCGGAAUAAUCUCAGCCUGUACGUGAAGCAGAAGACUGCUGACAAGCCGAACUCGCUUGCACCGUUGCUUGGGCCAGUGCUCAGCCCUGACAAAGCGGGCCUCAGGAGCGCUCGUACUCGCACAGGAAGUUAG